AUGUUCAAAGCCUUGUUUUUAACCAGCCCUACUCAGACAGCCCCGAGGACUAAACUGGAGAAGCUGGAGUGUCACUUCACCUGGGGGCUGGAGGUCAGCAGGUACAAGCUGCUCAGUAUCAGAGAUCACCUGGAGGACAUUGGCAGCGACGAGAGCUAUCCGUGGCUGGGUCAGAAGUACAACAUGUGGGCUUAUGUACACCACACCCUGGGCUCCACUAACAUGGCCCUACAGUGCCUCAGUAAUAAGGCAGAGGAGGCCUUUCACCAAAACAGUCCUUUAGACACAAUGGGUCCUUGGCUGCUGGUCCACUAUGGAAACCUAGCCUGAGUUCACUAUCACCUGGAUAAACCUGCAGAGAGCCAGGGAUAUGUGACAAAGGUCGAGGCACUGCUACGGGAUUACCCCUCACCGUCCCAGGGAGAACUGCACCCCGAGGUAUGUGCUGAAAAAGCCUGGACCCUUAUGAAGUGUGGCCAGGACAAAAGACAGAAAGCGAUAGAGUACUUCCAAAUGGCUAUUAGGAUGGAGCCUGGGAGAAAGGAGUGGCAAUCGAGCCACGUCUUGGGUGAUAGUCUGAGGCAGAGCUUGAUCAACAAAGCCAUCAGUCUCUAUAUGGAUGUGGUCUUACUCUACCCAGAGAUGUUAAUUAAGGUCAAACUGGAGCUUGCAAGCAUCUCUUCAAAAUCAAGAAUUGACAAGGGAAUUAGCCAAUCAGAUCUAUGAGGAAUUACUCGCCAGUGUACAGGAGCCAUCCAAGUUAGUUGCUCUACAACCAAUACGCUACAUACCUGUAUUCCUCCAUUAAGGAUUACAAUGGAUCAAUUGAUUAUCACAAGAGGGCAGCAGAAAUACCAAAUUCUAACAAAUAUGGU